UAAGGGAAAUUGGUGAUUCCAUUUUCUUAAGAAAAGUAGGCCUCAAUUUGGUGUGCCGAUUCAUCUCACUGGUUUGCCAGUUGUUCUUGAUGUUUAUUCUUCUUAGUUGCCUUUUGUUUAUUUAUUUAUUUUCGAGUAGUGUGGGUUUUCUACAAUUUCUAUAAUUUUUUUGUUUGCAAGGUUCAAAGAUCAUGUAUUUGUAUUUGGGAGAACCCAUGGUUUUUUAAAGUGGUUUCAAAUUCUAUAUGUCAACAUUGAUAGCAGUGAAGGUGUGAAGUUGUGGAAGUGUGAAGAGAUGUGCUGAGUUUUUUAUUUAUUUACUUUUUUAGAAUUUAGCAGAUUUUUAAAAAUUUUAUUGUCCUUAACAGAUUUUUUAAAGAUGUUCUGGAUCUGAGUUUGGAUACCUGAACCGUUAACAACAUUCUGAUUAAAUUUUCAGCCUUUUCUUUUAAAAAACACAGAUUUGGGAGGGUUUGGGUAGUACAUGGGUGUUAGUAAUCAAAUUUGAGACGUGUAAGGGUAGUAGAGGGUGAAUUUUAAUUGGGUUUGGGACGGUUAAAGUAGUUCAAAUUUUAUGGGUACCCUAUACAUUCCAUUUUCCAAAGAAAAAAUGUUACUGCCGCCACCUCUAAACCCCAUUCAGACUCUCUUACUACCAUUUUUCUUCUUCACAUUUUCAUUACCAGCCACUUCCCACACUUCCCCCUACUCCUCCUCUCCUCCACCUCUCUCCGCCUCCCUCUCCGAUUGGCAGUCUGCACAUGCCACAUACUAUGCUGCCUCCGACCCCCGUGACUUUGUUGGUGGUGCAUGCGGUUAUGGAGAUUUAGGGAAAGCAGGGUAUGGGAUGGCCACGGUGGGGCUCAGCGAGGCUUUGUUCGAGCGGGGCCAGAUGUGUGGCGCUUGCUUUGAGUUGCGGUGUGUGGAGGACCUGCGGUGGUGCAUCCCUGGCACUUCUGUCAUUGUGACUGUUACUAAUUUUUGUGCACCCAAUUAUGGGUUCACUGCUGAUGGUGGAGGCCACUGUAACCCUCCAAACAAACACUUUGUCCUUCCCAUUGAAUCCUAUGAGAAGAUUGCCAUUUGGAAGGCUGGUAACAUGCCCGUACAGUACCGGAGGAUAAAAUGCAGAAAGGAAGGGGGAAUUCGUUUUACUGUCUCAGGAUCAGGCAUCUUCAUUUCGGUGCUGAUCAGCAAUGUUGCAGGAGCUGGUGAUGUAACUGCAGUGAAGAUUAAGGGUUCAAGAACAGGUUGGCUUCAAAUGGGUAGGAAUUGGGGCCAGAACUGGCAUAUCAAUGCUGAUUUAAAGAAUCAACCUCUCUCAUUUGAGGUUACUAGUAGUGAUGGAAUCACAAUUACCUCUUACAAUGUCGCUCCCAAGGAUUGGAGCUUUGGGCACACUUUUGAAGGCAAGCAAUUUGAGACUUAGUAUAGCAGCAAGAAGAUAGAUCGUAUAUGGAUGAGACCAUUCUUACUGUACACGUUAAUUGUUUUGUUCUUGGUCUGGGUGGGAGUGUAUGGAGUAUGAUUGGAAAAAUUAGAUAUGUAUGAUUGUGUUAAAAAAAAUAAUGUAAGAGAACACCUUAUUUGAUAGCAUUCUACGAUUGUUAUGUAAAAUUGUAAAAUUAAACAUGGUAAAUGAUAAAAUCUGCUGCUUAUUCGAGGUUGGAUUCA